GACAGAAGUAAGGGCCGAUCAGCUCCCUUUGAGCUGCUCACCUUGCUUUUUGCUGUCAUCUCGUCUUAUUUUCCUCCCCUCCUUUCCUCCCCCGUCUUUCUCUUCUUUCAAUUGUCCCCUCUGCCUUAGCAAGUGCCUAGUUGGUUGUUUUUUCGACAAUAUACGGCAACCAUGGACUCCAAGCCCCAAACAGAGAUGAGCGACGAUGUCAAAGGACAGGUCUUGAAUGAGACGGGUGAUUUCGAGGCUGAGCAGAAGCUAACCCGGCGAAUCCUGUUCAAAUUGGACACGAGAAUCCUACCAAUUCUCGCACUCCUCUUCUUAUGCUCCUUUCUCGAUCGAACCAACGUGGGCAAUGCAAAAAUCCUGGGUCUGGAGGACGACCUCAGCAUCACAAAUGACCAAUACGAUAUUGGACUCGCCGUUUUCUAUCUCUUUUAUAUCCUGAGUGAGGUUCCGAGCAAUCUGAUCAUCAAAAAAGCAUCACCGAAGAUUUGGCUCCCUGCACUUACAUUAAUUUGGGGUAUCUUUACAAUGUGUCUGGGUUUUGUGCGCAACUUUGGCAGUUUUGUUGCAGUCCGUGUGCUUCUAGGAAUUGCAGAGGGUGGAUUACUGCCUGGGAUGGUGUUGUACCUUUCAUCCUUUUAUAGACGAGGCGACCUGGCUCUUCGGAUUGGUUUGUUCUAUACAGCUGCUUCACUGUCAGGCGCUUUCGGGGGCCUUUUGGCUCGCGGUUUAGCAGAGAUCGGUCCCAGGGGAGGUCUAGAAGGGUGGCGUUGGAUCAUGAUCAUCGAAGGGCUCCUGACAUUUGUAUGCGGUGUCGCCAGCUACUUUGGUCUCCCUAAUAGCCUCGAAACCGCUCCCUUUUUGACCGAGGAAGAGCGCAAGUUUGCACGCGAAAGGAUCAGGCUUGACAGCCCCUCUGCCCAGGGGGCAUUGGAAGACGAGAAAGACAGUUUUAGGUGGUCCGAAGUGCGAAGGGGACUCUUAGACCCGCAGAUGUGGUUUUCGGCCACAGCGUACUUUGCUAUUCUGUCUGGGCUGUACUCAUUUGGACUUUUCCUCCCGACUAUCAUUGACGAAAGUGGAUUUGCUUCGGAUGCGAAUCAAGUCCAGCUCUGGACUGUGAUUCCAUACGCCGUGGCCGCUGGCUUAACAGUUGUCGUGGCCUUCCUCUCUGACCGGCUAAAACUUCGAGGAGUCCUCAUGCUUUUCACACUUCCUAUCGCCAUCGCCGGGUAUGCUGCAAUUGGGAACAUCAGCGACGCACAUAUAAAGUACGGCAUGACCUUCCUCAUGGCGACAGGGAUGUAUGCCAGCGUCCCCUGUAUCCUGGUCUGGAACUCGAACAACUCGGCGGGGCAUUAUAAGCGGGCGACCACGUCAGGAAUGCAGUUGGCGAUUGCAAACUGCGGAGGAUUUGUGGCUACUUUCAUUUAUCCCAACGAGGAUAAGCCACAGUAUCACCGGGGCCAUACAGUAGUCAUGAGCCUGUUGGUCUUUGCUUGGUUCAUGAUCCUACUCAACGUCUUCUACUGCGCCAAGGUCAACAGAGACAAGAGGAACGGCAAAUACGCCCAGUACGAGGGGUACAACGAUGAUCGCGAUCCCAACUUCAAGAUGGUGCUGUGA